UGCAUUAAAAAAUUUAGUUUAGUAAUCAAACGCAAAUUUAAUAGGAUAAAUAUAUAAUAAGCAACAUAUAUAUGUGAUGAUUUUAAUUUACAGCAUGAAAACUAUAAAAUUAUUAUAUUUGGGAUAAUUAUACAAACAUUUAAAUAUGUGAGUAACAUUAAAAAUAUAUAAUAAUUAUGUAAAACAAAUAUCUAUAUAUAUAAAUGUGAAAAUAUAUACCCGCACGUUUGUGCGGAUGGAAAUCUAGUACUUUAAUUAAAAUAAGAAAAAAAAAUGAGUCUAAACGUGGUCCAUCCCAAAGUCCAUUACACAAUAAGAGAAGAGAGGAGUACCGCUUUUGCUACCCCAUCGGCUACAAUAUUUUUCGAUCGAGGAAUAUGAGAGAAAGAGAUGCUUGUGAACUAAAACAAAUGUUUUUAGAACCACUUCUAAUCUUUUACCUUCCACAUGUCUUAUAACUAGCAUUUUAAUUUAUAAACAUAAAUUUGGCCCGUCUAAAGUUGGAUUAUUAUUAUUUUUUCUGCAUGGUAAUUAUUUUAUUUUUGUGCACGCAUGGAUUUGGUAGUUUAUUCGAACUAGUUGAUCUUCGGUUUCCAUCCAUAUUCUAUACAAAUAAACUUACGCACCUCAUAAUUACUCAGACGGCCACCCAAAAGGACGAGUCACAAACAAUUUAGUCACCAUUGAUUUUAGAAAAGAACUUGCUGAUACACAAACAAAGUCUAUUUUAAUAUUUUGAUAGCUAAAGAAUUGUAUUAUUGUGGUAAUAAAUUACAAAAUUUGUCAAACUCAAUGAUUUGAUUUUUAAAGGUGUUAGUUAAUUGAUGUUUUAUUUGUUCCCCUAAAAACCUUUACUAUUGAUUUUGUACAUAUAGAUUAGGGCAGGAUUUGGGUACUUUUGCAGAAAUUUUUUACUUCUAUAAAAACUUUGCAAAAGUGUGAAAAAUCGUUAAUCUAGCGGCAAGGAUAAAAAUCCCUCGAUGGCACCAAAAAUAUAAGUGUUAUAUAUAGGUGAUAUCCCUUAUGCACAAUCCCACUGCUCACUCUCUCUAAACCAUUUCACUUUAAGUAAAAAGAAGAAGAGAGAGAGAGAGAGACUCGCUUCCAAAUAAACUAUCUAUCUUAUCGUGAGGUUACGAGUGGUAUCUAUAGGAUUGCUCGGCCUGAGAAAAAUGGGGAGGAAGACAUGGUUUAACGACGACGGGAUGAAGAAAGGAGAGUGGAUAGCGGAGGAAGACGAAAAGCUCAUCGCUUACAUCAAUGAGCAUGGCAUGUGUGAUUGGCGUUCAAUCCCCAAAAGAGCUGGUUUGCAGAGGUGUGGAAAGAGCUGCAGAUUAAGGUGGCUUAAUUACCUAAGGCCUGGGAUUAAAAGAGGCAAAUUCACUCCUCAGGAAGAAGAAAAGAUCAUCAAAGUUCAUGGUGUUCUCGGAAACAGGUGGGCAGCCAUUGCGAAGCAUAUGGAGAAUCGAACAGACAACGACAUCAAGAACCAUUGGAACUCCUGUCUCAAGAAAAGACUAUCGAGGAACGGAAUUGACCCGAUGACCCAUGAGCCCGUCAACAAUAACCUCACCGUCACGACCACUUACGUAGAAUGUGGUAGCUCUUCUACGACUACGUGGCCAACGAGGGAAAACCAUUGUUCCUCCACACCUUCCGGCUUGGUUUGUGUCCUGAACAAGCUCGCUGCAGGUAUCUCAUCUAGACAAUACGAUCUCAACAUAAUCAAGAACAUCUUGUUGGACCCGAGAAUCACAAGCAGUGAGCAAGAUGAAGAAGAAGUGUUAAAGAGGGAUCAGGAGAUUGGUGGUUGUGAAGAAGAAGAUUUUCUGAUAUGGGACGAUGAGGAAGUUAGGCGUUAUAUGGAGACUGACGAUAUAGAGUACGAGACGACGCCGUACGUGUCCCUCUUGUACGAAAGUACUCGCAUCUUCUGACUCGAUCGGUCCAGUACUAAAGUGUGUUAAUGUGUUGGCAUAUGAUUUAUUGUUGCAACAAAUAAAAUUAAUGUGGGCCACUUUAACCAAGAGAAGGUUUGUGAAAAAAAAAAUGCAAAAUAGCUUAUGAAAUGAAUUUACAAAAUAAGUAGACUCCAAUGAAGAUUGUUUUGUCUGGUAAUUAACAUACGAUUUUCAAUUUCAUGUCGCUGUUAAUUCACAAGACACAACCAAACCUAUUCCCAUUUUCCAUUCCAAUUAUAAUUACUACUUCUACAGUUCUACGGAAACCAAAUAAUCACACAAUAUAUAAUCUCUACGAAUAUAUAUAUGUCGCGCCAUUUAUAGAAUAGAAUAAUGAUAUACAAGUGACAAAGAAGACUUCAUUAAAGCUGUGAGACUGACAGUGCCCAACUUACAAAGUCGUACAGUGAAUGAGAAGACGUGCCAUGAAUACGUAUAUUUUGAUAUUCUUUCUGUUUCUUUAUUAAUUGAUGUUUAAAAAAAUAUUUGUUUCAAUAUGUUUUUUGGCAUGCAUUUGUUUCCGGAUGUUUACAAAUUUUAAUAUAAAUUUUUAUAUUUCGUAUGAUUGAUUAGAUUUUGUAAUUUAUUUUAGUACUGGUUAAGUAAAAUAUUAAAUAAUUAAUAAUGUUUUGUUUAGAAAAAGAAAAAUAAAUAAUUGCAUGUCUAGUUAUAAAACAGCAAAUAAUAAAUAUAGAAAACUAUAUAACUAGUAAUUUUGUGUGACUCUCCCUUCAAGUAAGAGGAACAUGUUAUUUGUCUCCAUUGGGGCUAGGUGGCGGACCCACGUUAAGAGAUGUGGUGUCACAUGACACCUCUUAAAUCUAAAUAAAUAUGUGUUUUGUAUAAAUUAGCAGUUGAAUUCAUCUAUCUCUGCUGGUAAAAUACCAUAAGUGACACCCCUAAACUCAGGUUCAAACCCCCCACUAUUGACACUUUUUUAUUUUUUUUUUAAUGGUUUGACCCACCUAAAAUUAGAUCCUAGGUCCGCCACCAGGUCAUAGCGUCUACCCCGACUUGACGUUUGGGGGGGGGGGGGGGGGGGGGGGGUUGGGUUUGCUGUGACAAUGAAAUCACUUUGAAAUCACUUGAUCUUGGUCAAAGAGAUCAUCAUCAUGCCAUGCGUGUGCCUGUGUCUAGCUUCGACUCUUAAAACCCACCUUGCCCGAAACUUGAUGAUCUAUUUUAAUCCAAACCGAUUGUUUUAAAUGAAUUUGAAUCCAAUACCAAGUUGGACAUAGGUUUUAUUUUUGAAGGUUAAUUAAGUUGGACAUUGUUAUGAUCCAUACUAGAUACAGCUGAGAUUAUCAUUUAUUACAAUCUAAAGCCAAACUGAAAUUUUGUAUAUGACAUAGCGUCACUGUCACCGUUGCGUUUGAUUUUUUCAUUUAUAGACCAUCUUCAAUAAAACACUAUAUUUCUAUCUAUAAUUUACGUUAAAAUAUAUUAACUCUAUUAUAGAAUAAAAUAAAAUAAAAUGUGAUGUUUUUUUAUAUUUCACUAUAUAAUAUAAUAACUUCAUUAUAAAAUAAUACCAUUAAAGCAAUAGUUACCUUAUAAUAAAAUUAUUCUAUUUUAGUUUAAAUUAUAAAAGAAAAUAUAAUGUGCCAUUGGAAAUACUCUUACUAACCAUUGAUUAGGUCAAAGUUCACUUCACGUGAUUCUUCUUAUUAUUCGUUAAGGAAAAAUUCGUAUCGGUUGUUUUUUAUUGACAAACUUUUAGUUGGAUUUUAGAUUUAUAAGAUUUGUUCGUUUUAUACAUUCAUCUCAUUUUUUUUAUCUCCAUCAAAAAAGUGAGCGAUGACAAUAAAUUUUCCAAAUACCAUGUAAAAGAGAAAUUUGAAAGUCCACAAAAAUACAAUCGGCGCUCUGUAUUUCAUCAUGUUUAGGAUGAAAUUUUAUUUACGAAAAUAAAUGUUAUUUGCUAAAGAACAAAAUUGCCUAUUUGUUCAAGAAAUUGAAUUAUAUUACAUUUCGGACCCAUCAUGCUUCUCCACAUGUGACAAUCUCUUCUAAUUGGUCAACGAGGUUAAGGUCUAUAGUGGCUCACAACAACAUCAACCUUAUCAUCUUGUUUUUUGCUUUGUUUUUCAAUCACAACCACAUACUUAAAGAAAACAUUCUGGCGAAUUUCUUUCUAAAAAGUUGGCGGAAUAUAUAUAGUACAUUAUUUAUUGACGCAAAUCUUAUUUCUUCUCUCCUGAUUCACAUAAUUUAGAUAAACGAAAACAACAAUUAAUUUGCAUUGCAUGGAUUUUAUAUACGUGCGAAAUGUUAAUCUCAGUUUUUCUAUAAGUGGGGCAGAUCAUAUUCUUUCAAGCGUUUGUUUUUUCUCGAUUAAGAAGACAUGAAGCAAUUUAAUCACGUGUAUAAUAGACGAUAGAGGACUGUGAAAACGAUUAAUAACGUGGCCACAAGGUCCGGGUCCGGGGUCCCCAAUAAACCUAAAACACAAACAAAAUAAAAUAUAAUAAUCAAACCAAACGAAGAUAAUUAUUGCAAUACUUGACAAUUUUCUAUGAAGUUAAUUUUUAUAUUAUUAUUUCCUUGAUGACUUUAGAUUUCGAAUGGUACGUGAAACAAAAAAAGCAGAUCAAAUAGAAAACACAAGUCAAAUAGAACAUAUUUUUCUAUCUACAAAAGUAUUAUAUGUUUUAAUUGUGUAGAGAUACAAAAUAACAUGUAUAUUUAGAAAAGUCUAAAAUAAUUUUUACUAAAACAUCAUUUUUAAAAUUUGGCUGGAAUAAAUAAUUAUGUACAUAUAAAUUUGAUUAACAUAUUUAAAGAAGAUAUUAAAUAAAAUAAAGAAAAUAAAAAUAUUAUCGUAUUUUAAAAAUAUUUUUAUUUGGUUUGAACUAAAAGAAAUGAAUUAAAUGGUUUCCAUGUAGUUAAUAGGGAAAAUAAGUACUCAAUUUCUAUUGGUCAUCAGCAUGUUAUAGCUUCAUUUAUUUUUCUUCCUGCAGAUUAACAUUUUUUAAUGCCCAUUAUUGACCUACAGCAGAUUUGUGUAUCACAAAUAUCUGCAUCUAAUAUGCAUUUAAACUGUAUUGUAUUCAAAGCUUAAAUACGUAGAGUGGAGAUAAUGAUAUCCUAGGUUUUAAUUGAUUUUGCUAUUGAAAUGGGUAUAUUGCACAUAAAUUAUAUUCGAAAUCUCACUGUAAAUCUGAUUCGUCCACUGUUGACCUUUUCUGUGUUCACUGGGGUACUGUUUGCUAUCUAGUUUGUUGUUUUUCUCACUGUAAAUCUGAUUCGUCCACUGUUGACCUUUUCUGUGUUCACUGGGGUACUGUUUGCUAUCUAGUUUGUUGUUUUUCAAAGGCUAACUAGUCAAUCAUUGAACUUUAUCUAGAGUAUUCUGCUUUAAAAUUAAUUAUGAGAUAAAUUAGUAGUAUUUGAAAGAUUGCUUAUUCCACUUUUAUUCAUUUAAAACAUCAUACGAUGAUGGGUUGUAGUGAUAUUAUCGAGUCGAAACGGUUGAAUUUAUGUCAUAGGAAACAGUGUUUACUUGGAAAUAGACAGCAACAAUAGGUGAUUCCUGCUAUGGGAGAGAACUUGGUUUAUGCUUAUAGGCUUCUAGCUAGUAUCAUUUGGAAGAUCAUAUGGAGGUCUUCAUCCAUCCACAUUAAUAUGGCCAAGACAAUCCCCAAAGAAAAGAAUUUUUUGUUAUCCCAAAAAUUAUUUGAAAAUGGAUCAAUUUGACAAAAAAGUGGGUGUCAUAAAACUGGAUCUGAGCAAUAAUGGGUUGGGACCCAGUUUUUUAUUUUGUGGAAUUGUUAGAAAAAAAUAUCAUAUGAUAGAUUUAAAACAAAUUUAUAUAGCAAAAAUAGCACAAGAAGAAGAAUCACAAAAAUAUUUUUUAUUAAAAUGCAGAAAAUACAUAUAUUCCCUCGAGUAAAAAUAUUAAGAAUCAUAUUUAUUUAAUUUUAAGUAAAUAUUAUAAAGUAUUAUAUAUGCUAAAAAUAUUAUUCAUGAAAAUAAUUUAGUUUCUUUAUUAUUUAAUGAAUGUUAUUUUGAUCUUUUUGUAUAUUAUCUUGUGAUAGCUAUUUUAUGAAUAAAUAGAUUUGUAAAAAAUAAAAAACAUGGUAAAAUGGAGUUGGAAGUCUUUGAUUGAGCAGAACAUUACAGAUCGAGAUAUCACCCCCUAUUUCUCAUGAUUUGCGAGAUGAUGACACAAAGUGACAAAACCAUGGAUUAAUUUCGUCUCCACUUUUACAUGACUGACUUAAAGAAAAUCCGUAGCUACUUAGAUUUCGGGUUGGGUUGUCUCGGCUAACAAAUUAGGUCAUAUGUCGUGUCUUUUCUUCUUUGGCAAGUGUAAAAGAAAUUGAUCAUUAUGCUAUUAUAAUUCUUUUGAUGAUUUUGUGGUGUGUCAGUUAACCAAACAUGCUGACAUGGUACUCAAAUUCCAGAUUGGUUUGAGGUAUUUUGCCAAGAUAGAAAAUCGUCGCUCUUUAGGCCUUUUUUAUAGAAGUUGGGGAAUUUUAUAGAUGUCAUAUUUAUAUGCCAUUAUUUGAUUGGGAUAUACAAAAUCUAUUAGAUUGAUGUAUAGUAAUGUUUAACUUUGUUAACUUGACUCUGAAUCAUAACAAAUUCAAAAUGCUUUCUUAACAUUAAUAAGAAUAUACAAUGGGUAUUUAUACAAGUAUGCAGUGCCAUACUGCUAUGCCAAGUCUUAAGAGGCUGAAACAAAAUUAAAAAUAGAUAUUUUAUAGUGUCAAUAAAACUUAUUACGAAAGCAGAUAUUUAUUUAAGUACGAAAUUGGUUUUGAACUUGGGAUUGGAUACUCAAAAAACAUAUUUCAACUUCACUUUAACCACUACACUAUGGUAGACUUCUGAAACAAAAAAAUCCCAAAAUUAUAGAUUAUUUUUGGGGCCCUAACGCAAAUGUUUUUCACAACAUAGUAUGACGGCUCUGUGUAUAUGAACUAUACAUUAUAAGUAUAUACAUUAACUGUAUAUAAAUGAAUAAAACAUUGCAUAUAAUAGUUAAAAUGAUAAAAUAAUUUAUGAAAUCUGUUUGUGACUAUUAAAACAAAUAAAAUAGUAAUUGUUGAAGUUGGUUUUAUUAAACACCAAUUACUAUUGUAUUUGUUUUAAUAGUCACAAACAGAUUCCAUAAAUUAUUUUAUCAUUUUAAUUAUUAUAUGCAAUGUUUUAUUGAUUUAUUUUUGUUUAGAUCUGUUUUAUUAUUUUAUUUAUUACAAUUAAUGAUGUUCAAAAUAAAAAUAGCAGCUGUGGUUUGGUGGUUGUAAAUGACUUAAAGUCAUUCUAGUCAAGGUUUCGAAACAUGCUAUAUUAGGUGGUGUUAUUCAAUCAUGUAUUUUAAUAGUAUUUAAAUCUAAACACAAUCUACAGUUAUUCAAAUGAUGAUUCUAAAUUUUAUUUUAAAAUCUAGUGUUAUUCAAUGAAUGAUUUAAAUCCAAUUUUUAAAAGCUAGUGUUAUUCAAUUAUCAAGGAUUUUAAAAAUUCUUUGUGAUCUUAUGGAUUCUCAUGAACAAAUGCCGAGAUUUUAAAAUCUCAUCAAUUUUAAAUUUUAAAAUUUGAUUUGGUUACAAAAUAUUAAUAAUAGAUUUUAAAUCAAUGAUUGAAUAACACCCCUUUAGGUUAUUUUUUCAUAAAAAUGAAUUAUAUUUAAAAUAAGGAUAAUUUGAAAAUACCCUAUUUAUAGUUUAAAAUUUGAAAAUAUACUUAUCUUUUUAAGUUUUAAAACUACACUUUUUAAAUGUGAUAAGACAUUUUAUCCAAAUUGGAUAAAAAAUAUGCAUUCUAACAACUAAAAUACAAAUACGAAUUCAAAAAUAAUAUUAAUAUUAUUAUUUAUUAUUGUUUCUGUUUAUGAUAAUAUUUUUUUCUUGAUUUCAUGUACUCUCGUACAUAUGUGCAGUAGCCAGUAAAAAAAAUCUAUCACAGCAAUAUCAAAAUGUGUGGAUUAUAUAAGGGUUGAAGUUGAGUGGGUGUUCGUUUAUGAUGAUCUCAGUAAAUGGUCUGAAUUUCUCGGGUCUAAAGUCUGUGUGUUGAGCAUUCUAAACAUGCUUUGGGAACUUACUUUGAUGUCUGUGGAAUACAGAACUGGAAUGUAGAAGAUCCAUCACUCAUGGCCUCAUGGGACACAUCGAACAAUAUACAUAGAUCAUCGUAUUGUAUAAAAGAUAGUAUUACUCUUAAUGUCUUUUGAUCAAAAAAAAAAUGCAAAAGGAUAUAUAAAGUUUAUUCGGGUCUUUUUUUCAGUAGAUGUAAUAAAAAUCUUAUCAUGAUAAAAAAUCAUGUGAUGAAACUAUGCAGCGCUAGAUGUUGGCAGCUUAUAUUCAUUUUUAGUUUUUUUAAUCAAAAUAAAUGUAAAAUAUAAUUUAAUAAGAUAUUACACAGAUUGAAGAGUAUUAUUUAAAAACAAAAAUAUGUAGAAUAGUUAUUUUUAUUGAGACUUGAUAAUUUAGUCAUUUAAAUUAAAUAAAAGUGUAGUUUUAUAAAAAUCUAAGUAAAAUGUUGUUUCAAAAAUAGAAUAAUAUACAAACUAGAUCUCGACCCGCACAACCGUGCGGGUUUCUUAUUUCUAUACUAAAAUAUUUUAGUUUAUAUAACAAAAUUUACCAAUAACUUAUUGUAAUUUAGUGUUAUAUAUUAUGUAAUUCUAUAAUAGCUAUGUUUACGUGGCUUGUAUAUUAUUACUAUAAAUUUUGUAUUUUUGUAACAAAAAUUAUUUUGGAAACUUUAUUAUGUAACAAUAUUACUUUACAUACUUUUUAUUUAAAAUUUAAAAUUUAUAUGAAAGCAAAUUAAAUUGUUAGAUGUCAUAAUUUUUUAAGUCUUAAUAUUUUCUUGUUAGAUGUCAUAAAUCUUAAAUUGUUAUUUUUUUUAAAUAAUCUAAACUAUUUUUGAUAUUUUGUAUGCAAAAUAAAAAUAAAAAUAUAGAAAUUAAAGUUAAAUAUUUUCUAAAAAAAAUUUAAACAUAAAAUAUUUACAUAUCCAAACUUUUAUUUUAUGUUUUACAUAAAUAUUAUAAAAUACUUAACCUUAGUUUCUAUAUAUUUAUUUUCAUAGCUAAUAUAUUAUUUAUAUAAUAUAAUUAAUUUAUAUAUUAUUCUGCUGAUCACCGGCGGUCGAUCCGAUGAUCUGAUGACUCAGAAGUUCAUCUGGUUUAGUGUCUGGGUCGGAUUUAAAAACAUUGAAGCAAUCUAAUCAUGUAUCAGAAAUGAUGGUCAUAACUGGUUAUUCCAAUUGUGAUUUGUUUAUUAACGUGUAUAAACCAAACCGGGUAAAAUGACUUAUUUAGAAAAAAUGUUAGGUUCGAUAUAGGCAUAUUUUUAAACACAGAUAUGCAUCGUAUGUGAAUCAUUAAUGAUGCAAAUAUAUGUUUGUUAACUGAAUCUUAUUUGUAGGAGUAGGUAGUUAUUAUUGUAUCAAAUAGAGUGAUUUAGUAAGGCAUAAAUGUUAUUAAAGAAUAGAUGAAUUUGGACUUUCUAGGAAGGGUUCAUUUUUAAAAAAAUCACACAUGAAUUAAGAUUGUGACUUCUGUUUUAAUAUAUAAGAUUACAUGUUGUAAAACAAAAAUAAAUUUUUUUAAAAAAAUUAAUGAAUGCAAGACAAGUUGAUUUUUUUACACUAAACUUUAGCAAAAAAUUGAGCACUUAGGUAUAUAUGGUUUUAGCAAAUAACUAAUAGAAGUGUGAAACUUGAAAAUUAUAUUUUACUGUUCGAAACUUCAAAACAAAGAGAAUAAUUACUUAAAACCAAAAACAGAGAGGUCUAUUUAUAUAUAUGCUUCUCUUCCCCAUUCAAGACACCAUUCUAAAAAUAAGUGAGAAUUGUGCGAAUUAGAGAUUAUCCCUCAAUACUUCGAUUGAAAUAAUUCCUUUUCACUUACAAUCAUUGUAGCUCUUCUUCUCGAUCAUAAGGUGAACAACUGAGGCGAUAUCGGAUUGUGGACUGAGAUAACUUAUGGGGAGGGCGACGUGGUUCGAAGCUGAUGGGACGAAGAGAGGAGAAUGGACGGAGGAGGAAGACCGCAAACUCGUCGCUUAUAUCGACGUAUACGGCAUCGGUGACUGGCGUUUUCUCCCUCACAAAGCUGGUAGUUAUAUAUUUAUAACUACAUUUUAUAUAAAUUUGUGUGCAAUGGUGACGUGAACCAAACAUGUUUUGUGUGAGCUGCAUAAUUGUAAGUGUCGUUUUUAAUAAACUCCACCACAAACAUGGUAUGCUUUGUAAAUAGUGACAAAAUAAAGUUUGCA